UUUUCCAUUCCCCCUGAAGUCAGUCGUGGCUAUGCAACACCGGCCCCAGAAAACGCGUAGCCAACUUCGCGCGUUCUUUCGCAAAAAAGAAAAGCCGUCUCUUGUUAUCAGAGGUAAUUUCGGUAAAUUAAUAAUUCCCCGUGACUUGAUGAGUUCAGCAAUAAAUCGUCCAAGCAAUAAGUCUGAUAUUUUCGCGCUUCGUACCCUCGAGGGCCCGAGAUAAUGUCGGAAUUAUCGAUGGACGGUGUAAUCCCGGAGACGCAAGAGAAGGACGAGUGUCCAACGACAAAUGAUCAUGAUAAUACGCAAGAUAAUUCGACACUGAAUGAGAGUCAGGAUUUUCAUUUAGUCGCUGAGGACGAGACACAGGAGGAACAGAUUGCGGUGGACAAUGGUGGUGCCAAGGGUGAUGUUGAUGUUGAGUCGAGUCAGCACGAGGCUGAUGGAAAUAGUCACGCUGAAGCGCGGGAUUGUGAUACGGGGGACAAGGCUGUUAUCGAACCGGAGGGCUCACCCCGAGGGCUCGACCAGGAACAGCAGGACGACGACGAGGAGAUUGUUCAGUGCACACCCACCGAGGAGAUACUCUCCCCCAGGAGGAGACAGCUGAACGCUGGGGGACAGAAGAGGAAGGCUGAGGAGGAGGUGGAGCUGGGGGUCAAGUUCCAGAGGACAUCCUCCAGGGAGGAUGCUCUCGCUUCUGUCAGGAAGAAACUCGAUGAGAUUGAAGAGUCUCAAGACCCCGAGGUGCUUCCAGAGGCCUCCCCCACCGAUCCAUCAUCAGCCACAGGUCCCCUUCCAGAAGAGGUCGCCCAGCCCUGCCCACAGGAGCCCCCGGAGGCCCCAGCAGCCCCUGAAGAGCCCGACAAAACCGCCAUGGAGGUCGACCCCACGCCCUCCCACCCAGAUCUCGUCCCCCCCGCCCCCUCAACUCCCACCCCCCCAGCCCCCACCCCCUCCGAGAACAUGGACACCUCUUCCUCCCCCAAACCUCACGACCAAGACCCCCCACAGCCGGAUCCCCCCAAGAAAUCCAGAAUGAGCAUCGAAGUGAUCUUCGACAAAGCCCUGGCGCCUCCCCCUCCCCCAAAAGAGCUCGUGGAGAUCGACGAGGACGGCGAGAAAAUAAUCCUAGACGCCUCCCAGGAGGACACAAUUCCCGUGGAGACCUCCUACAAGACCUGUGAGAGUAAAUCAGCAACAGACAGCUACAAAUCAGCAACAAGUGCAAAGGAGAGUGAAAGCAGCGAGGCACAACUGACCAAUGGAACCUAUGCAAAAUCCCAGGAUGCAGACGCCACCAUGAGCCUCUCCCCAUCGACAAACGAGUCCUCAGGGCCCCCAAAGACCCCCACCAAGCCCCCCGAACUCCUCAACCUAGUCAGCGACAGCGAGGGGGACUCAUUCAUGAACGAAGAGAAACAUAAAGCCAAGAUCAUUCCAGUUGAGAAGGAGCUGAAUGUCGUUGUCAAAGUGAAGUGUCUCCUCCAGGUGAACGAGACCACGAAGGAGAUAUCAGGAAAGGAAUUUCUGUCCAUCGACUUCGAGCACGUGCCAGAGCUGCAUUUAUCCAGACGAAGGAACAGUGAUGUUUCAGCACUGGCUGAUGUGUCUGAUAAUAAAGAUCCAAUGUCACCAGGUUCAGUCACCAGUAAUCCUCAGCCAUACGCCCUGGGGCCAUCCAGAUUGUCACUGAUGUCGUCAGCAAGCACCUCGAGCUCUUCGUCGAGUGGAUCGGGAAAAGUAGGGAAAGAUCCUCCCCAUUUUUCCCUUCCUCGAGGCAUUCCCAAGCAUGCAAAGAGACCCUUGGAGAAUGUCGAUGAGGCUUCGGAGAAAUUGAAGAAAGAGUGGAAGAAUGUGAACCUCUUGACCUCUGGCAUUCUCAGCUUUGUGAAUGCUGAGGUUCUCGCCUGUGAUCUUCAUAAUGGAACUAGUGAGGACACACUGGGGAGACUGACAGCCUCAACACCUGAGACUGCUGUCGUGGCCACUCCUAAGAGCAGCAAGAAGGGGAGACUGCCAAAGCGCUCACGUCAGAACUCCAGGUCUUCCAGGACCAAUGGCUUGGGGAAGGUUUCACCAAGUGUUCUGUCUACUAUUGAAUCCAAAAGUGACACUGAGGGGAAUGACUCCAUUCUCUCGGAAGUGUCAACUCCAGCCAGACAGAGUGGGAGGUCCCUCUCUAUUCUGAGGAAUCAGACUCCUGUUUACGAUCCCAGUGAUGCUCUUGUGGGAAAGGAGUGCUUUGCCAAGUGGUCUGAUAAUAAUUAUUAUCCUGGCAAGGUCAUCAGCAAGUCCAAGGGGAAGUUCAAGGUCAAUUUUCUGGAUGGGAAGAACAAGAUGCUGAUUGAGGAGUUUGUCAUUCCCAUGUUGAGGACUCUCGGGGAGGGACUGUCGGUUUAUGCUAUGACUCCGGAGGAGUAUGGAUCCUGCGGGAUUAUUGUUGCUGUGGAGAAGCCCAAGGACGAGGUUUUGUAUACCGUCGAGACUGAUGAGGGGGAGAAGAUCAAGGUGCCUAUUAAGGACAUCUUUCUCACCGCUGAUCAGGCACAGUUUCUCAGGGAGAUGGUGGAUAAUGAUGUGAAGAGUCCACCCAGUACUCCAUCCAUGGGAAAGGUCACGAUGGAUAAUAUCGUCGAGGGCUCGAGAAGGGUCAAGUCAGUGCUGGGGACCCCCAAGUCUGGGAGAUCAAAGAGGACCUACAAGAGUUCAGAAGUCGAGGCUUCUGGGUCUGGGCUUUCCAAGAGGAAGGAAGAGUCUGAGUCGAAUUACUCUGCUGGAGAUACUGAUGUCGAGGGGGUCCAGGUGGAGAUGCUGGAGACCCUCAACGAUCUGGGGGGCAAGGGGCCUGCCAGCAGGGUCAAGGGCAAGGGCAAAAACCGAAAGAAGGAGGAUCAGGAGGUCGUUGCCACCUUGGGACCCAUUCCUGAGGGCUCCAGUCUCUUCAAGGGGCUCUCGUUUAUCCUCACUUGUGCUCCCCUCGAGUCUCUGGACAGAUACAAGGUCGAUAAGAGGGAGUCUGCUAAUUCGGAGACUGAGACCGAGAAUGAGGCCGAGUGGAGCAGAAUCGCCUUCGUCAGGGAGAGACUCACUGCUCAGAUCACUGGGGGCGGGGGCAAGGUUUACGAGGAGUUCAAGGAUAUUCCUGUGGAGGAGCAUAAGAACACCAAGUUGAUUACCAAUGUUCCUAAUAUUACUGCGAAGAGCCUGCUUUGUUUGUCCGUGGGGAUCCAUCCGGUUAAUCAUCGAUGGGUCAUCAGGUGCUGUCAGGAGAACAAACUGGUCAAUGCAUCAGAGGAAACCCUGCCGGCUGGAUGGAGUUUCGACAAGGAAGCAUACGUGGAUAUGUACCAGAGGCCCAAUGCCAAGCCACUGGGUCAUGCAGUGAUUGUAAUGCCAAAGAUUCCAUCCAACGAACGGUCCAUUGAAUUCUGGCAGAGGGUCAUUGUCAAUGCUGGUGGAGCUUUUCGAGUCAUUGAGAACCAAUCCGAGACAUUCAUGGAAGGUACAGUAGUCCUGGCAAACGAUAAAUGCCCAACUUGGAUGAAGGAGAAGGCAGCAGGCUGGAAGAUUCCCCUGGUAACAACGACCUGGCUCAUCCAAUCCCUGAUCGAAGGAAAAAUGAUGCCAUACGAUGCUCACCCCCUGUACCAGCACAACCCCCCCAAAAAAUAGAGGGGCUGAAUUCCACAUUGACAUUGCAAGAGCAAAUGUUAUAAUAAUCUAGAUUCAUUUAUUGUAUCACUGAUACAAUUGCAUUGGGUUUUCUUUUUGUUUCUUUAUUGUUUGUCUUCUUCUCCAUGUUCGACGUGUCCUCUCGUCGUCUACAGGCUUAUGUUGCAUUUACCGUUGAAAUUCAAUUUUUUGUUCCCCAAAGGCUGUUUUCACUUACUAAAAUUCAUGACGAGUUGUUUUACAAUUGUGACUUUUUUUUCUUGUGAAUGUUGGCAAACUGCUCGGUGGCAAAAAAACAGUGUGGCGGAUAUGGUGGAUAAUCUUCAAUCAACAGUGAAUAAAAUGCAAGACUAUUUCAAGGAUUCCAUUGAACCAAAUUGAAACAUUUAAACUGAAAGACUCUUUAUGAGAGCUUGAUACAAAUGUUAUCAAUCAUAAACGUAUAUGUAAUAAUUGUAUCAACUUUUGUUUACCUAAGCCGUAGCGACUGUACAAUUUUUCUGGUGAUAAGAAGAAAAAGCGAUAAAAAUAUAUUGACAUAUUUUGGCAA